AUGGCACAGUAUGAGGCUGUUAUGCAAGAAAUCCAGGUGGCUAAUCCUUCUGCCUAUAAAUAUUUGAUUGAAAGGAAUCCCAAAUCUUGGUGUAGGGCAUUUUUUGAGAUACAUAGAGGAUAUGAGGUAGUUGAAAAUGGCUUUAGUGAGUGUUGGAACAGUGUGUUGUUGAAAAUUAGGAACAAGCCUAUAAUAACUUUGUUAGAAGCAUUAAGGGUUAUUGUCAUGAUUAGGUUGGAGUUCAUGAGGGAAAUAAGUGAAAAUUGGGAGCAUGAUGUGUGUCCUGCAAUUAGGAACAAAUUAGAACUUAUCAAGAAAGACAGAGUACCAAUUGUAACUUACAACUACUUUGUCUUUUACUCACAUGAAACACCAAAAAUUAAACUUUUUAAGAUUACCGCUAACUUUUUGCCCGCUAUUCUUUUAUGGGCAUAUUUGGAGUUGUUUAAAUUUGCCGCCUACUGCAACACCAACAAUAAAGAAUUCUUAACUUCCACAUUUUCACUACGGUUAGCUUUCUCUAUUUCAUCUACCAUAAAUAUGGACAAUUUAACAAAUUCACAGGGAAAAAAAAACUUAACCAAUAACCAAAGACAAAUCAUCUACAAAAUGUUAAUGCAACAAAUCGUUGAUGGAAAGUUGCAACAUGGAACCCUUAAACAUGUGGCGACACUCUUCUCUGUAUCUAAGUGGACUAUAAGUCGCAUUUGGCAUGACGCUAAACUUCAACUUCAACAUGGAUCACUUGUCGAUGUAUCUUCGAAGAUGGCUAAUGUAGUUGGAAGAAAAAGAAUACAAAUCGAUUAUGCUCAAGUCUCACAAAUCCCAUUACGUCGUCGAACAAAUAUUCGGUCUAUAGCAAAAGCAAUAGACGUUUCAAAAUCAACAAUGCAUAGAAGAAUCAAAGAAGGAGCUUUAAGACCACAUACAAAUGCGAUCAAGCCGGAUUUAACCGACGACAAUAAGAAAGCAAGGUUAGAGUUCUGUCUAUCAACCGUUACUCGAUCUUUGACAUUUCAUGACAUGUUUAAUGUGAUUCACAUAGAUGAAAAAUGGUUUUAUAUGUCAAAACCAUCAAAGCGUUACUAUCUUGUUCCCAACGAAAUUGAGCCAUUAAGAACAUGUAAAUCAAAAAAGUUUAUCACAAAAGUAAUGUUCCUAGCCGCCGUUGCACGACCAAGAUUUGAUGCAUCGGGUAAUGAAGUCUUUUCGGGAAAAAUCGGUAUAUUCCCAUUCACAACUUUGGAACCUGCAAAACGGUCGAGUAAGAAUCGUGUUGCUGGAACGUUAAUAACAAAACCAAUUUUAUCAGUUACUAAAGAAGUAACAAGGUCUUGGUUAAACGAAAAAGUACUACCGGCUAUUAGAUCUAAAUGGCCACGAGAUCACACUGGUCCAAUUUUUAUUCAACAAGACAAUGCAAAACCCCAUAUCGAUGUCAAUGAUGCGGAGUUUAAUGAAGAGGCUUCAAAAGAUGGGUUUGAUAUCCGACUUUGUUUUCAACCUCCAAACAGUCCAGAUUUGAACGUGUUGGACCUCGGGUUUUUUCGGGUGAUUCAGUCUCUUCAAGAACAAGAGGUUUUAGGAUCAAACGAUGAAUUGGUUAGCGCUGUUAAAACAUCUUUUGAAAGAAUGCCAUCAAAUGAGCUUAACAAUGUGUUUUUAACUUUACAAACAUGCAUGAAAGAGAUCAUGAAAGUUCGAGGUGGCAAUAAUUACCAAACACCACAUAUUGGCAAAGGUAAGUUAGAACGACAAGGAAAGUUACCAUUAACAAUCGAGUGUGACGGUAACUUGAUAAAUGAUGUCCUUUCAUAUUUGGGUCCGCAAACGGAGUAG